CCAUCGCGUGCUUGAUGGACAUGAACGCGCUGCUGGACCGCUUCCACAACUACAUCCUCCCGCACCUGCGGGGCGAGGACCGCGUCUGCCACUGCAACUGUGGCCGGCACCACAUCCACUACGUGAUCCCGUACGACGGGGACCAGUCUGUGGUGGACGCCUCCGAGAACUACUUUGUGACGGACAGUGUGACCAAGCAGGAGAUCGACCUCAUGCUGGGACUGCUGCUGGGUUUCUGCAUCAGCUGGUUCCUGGUGUGGAUGGAUGGCGUCCUGCACUGCGCCGUGCGCGCCUGGAGGGCCGGCCGGCGCUACGAUGGCUCGUGGACCUGGCUGCCCAAGUUGUGCAGCCUGCGGGAGCUGGGCCGGCGGCCCCACAGGCCCUUCGAGGAGCCCGCGGGGAACAUGGUGCACGUGAAGCAGAAACUCUACCACAACGGCCACCCCAGCCCACGGCACCUGUGAACCGUGCCCAGGACUCUCGGGCUGCCGUGUGGAGGACAAGGGACCUCGCGGACGCCCGCGGGCAGAACGGGACUGCGGCCUCGGGCCCAGGGUGUCCCGGGCUGGGGCUGGCCGGGCGCCUGGGCUGCCGGGCUCGUCCAGCAGAAGGUGCUG